AUGAUCACUGUGGACCGCCCUUUUGCUGAGAAAUACUACCAAGACUGGUCUGCCAAGCCCCCCUUCUUCCGUUUUCAUGUCAACCGCAUAGUCUCUGGCCCAGUCAUUGCAAUGAUCUGGGGAGGGGAGAACGUUCUUUUGACCGGAAGAACUAUCAUUGAAAAGACAAUCCCUACAGCUUCAGUUUCUGACAUGGACACUAAAUCUGGCAGCAACCUGAUUCAUGUGAGUGACUCAGUGGAGAGCGCGUACAAGGAUGCUGCCUUGUGGUUCACAGAUGGACCUGUCAUGGGCCUUGAUGCAGCCACUCCAAAUGCCCGUGACAUUGGGAGGAUUUAUUUUGACACAAUGGAGCAAACUUUCAUCCUGAUCAAGCCCGACGGCGUCCAGACUGGUCUUGUCGGUAAAAUCAUCCGCAGGUUUGAUAGGAAGGGUUUCACUUUGAAAGGUCUAAAGAUGAUCUCUGUGGACUGCCCUUGUGCUGAGCAAAACCACGAAGACUCGUCUGCCAUGCCCUUCUCCCCUCAUCUUGUCAACUACAUAGGCUCUGGCCCAGUCGUUGCAAUGAUCUAG